AUGAACGAAAGACAAAAGGCUGAAUUAGAAGGAAAUAAAGGAAAAAGUUUAUUUUGCAAGAUUUCACUUAAUGGAUCAUAUGGUUACGAUGCAAUGAAUACACAAAAUUACGCAAAGACUAAAAUAAUGAAUGCACAGAAGGCACGCGUUGCAUGUAUGUCAAAUAAGUUUAAAAACAUAAGAGAAAUAGGUGAGGAUACAUAUCAAGUGAUGCUUAAAGAUAGAUUUUAUAGAUGUGAUACAUGUUUACAAGAGGCAUUCUUCACUUUAGAUAAUGCUAAAUACUGGUAUUUGGUUUUCAUUUAUGAUUUUAUGUAUAAAUGCAUGAAUGUUAAUCGUUUUCAUUUCAUUGAAGGUGAUACUGAUUCAUCUUAUUGGGCAAUCGCUGGCGACCCAAAUCUUCCUAACACUCAAGCAUUUCAAGCAAUUGUUACUGAUAAACAAUUUUAUGAUAAAAACAUUUUCAAAUUCGCACCAUUUGAUUUCUUCUGUUUUGAUGAGAAAUUUAAACCUAAAUUAAAGAAUAAAGCUGAAGAAAAAGCACAUGAGAAGAAGUUAUUGGGUUUAGCAAUUGAGAAACAAGGUGAUAACAUGGUUGCUUUAUGUCCUAAGUGUUAUACAUCAUUCAACGGUUCAAUUGAUGGAAGUGAUUUUAAAAAGAUUGCACAAAAAAUGAAAGGUGUUAGUUUACGACAAAAUAAACAAUUAACACCUAAAAAUUAUUUGGAUAUAAUAAAUGAUAAAUUGAUAUUUGAUGGUCAGAAUAUUAAUUUACAACUUAAAAAUGGGUCAAUGACUCGCUUAACAAUUGGUAAGACUGCAUUAACAGGAGCACACACUAAGGCUGUAUGUUGUGAAAAUGGAUGUUGUAUGCCAUUUAUUUAA